CCAAACACAAAAGGUUAAAAACAAUUAUUGCAAUUUGCAACCAACUAUAUAUAUUUUGCUCAACUGAAAGUGAAUCUGAUUCAUCACAAUGGUAUCAUCAUGGCUUCUUUUCCUAGGCUCACUUCUUCCAUUCUUCACAGGAUCCAAAGCUGCAGUCUUCACGUUGCAAAACAGGUGUAAAGAAAAUAUAUGGCCCGGAACCCUCUCGGGAGCCGGCCACCCUCUGCUCAUAAACGGCGGCCUGCAGCUCAAACCAAAUGAGCGAACCAACGUCGUAGCACCCACCGGGUGGUCGGGCCGUUUCUGGGCCCGCAGCGGCUGCAGCUUCGACCAAUCGGGCAAGCAGGGGAACUGCACCACUGGCGACUGUGGUGGCCUCCUGCAAUGCGGUGGCAUUGGUGGGACACCUCCGGCUUCCCUGGCGGAGUUCACUUUAGACAGCCCGGAAGACUUUUAUGAUGUCAGCCUCGUCGAUGGGUUCAACAUGCCCAUCUCUGUCGUCCCAUCUGGUGGAUCGGGUAACUGUUCAGCCGUGAAGUGCAGCUCCAACUUGAACCUGCAAUGCCCGGAGAAGUUGCAGGUGAGGGUCAAUGACGGCGGUGAGACGGUGGCUUGUAAGAGCGCUUGCUUGGCUUUUGAUCAGCCUCAGUUCUGCUGCACAGGAGCCUACAACAAUCCUCAGAUUUGCAAGCCCAGUAAUUAUUCAGAGGUUUUCAAGAAAGCUUGCCCCACAGCUUAUAGCUACCCUUAUGAUGAUGGCACUAGCAUUUUCACCUGCAAGGGGGCUAAUUAUUCCAUCAUAUUUUGCUGAAAUAUUUGAAAUUAAAUUGAAGCUAAAGCAUACAAUUUAGUGUUAUGGUAUGAUAUUACUGUGUAUAGAGGAAACGGAUAUAACAGAGAUGGCACAUGAAAUGUGGUGAUAGAAAGUGGCUACGAUUUUCAAUGAAUGAAAAGAAACUCUUAUCAUAUAUAAAUUUAAUUCA